GUCAACCAAAAGAGUAAUCGCAGUUCUUACCAAUUCAACGCUGAAAAUCGGCUCAUUUCUAUCCGGUUCUACAGUAUUCCUGAAAAAAAAUGCGAAUUGGAACAGCUGACAUAUGACUUUUUGACAUUUGAUUCGCGCCAUAAAGAUGUAAAAGGUAGUAAAGCAGGGGUAGACGGCUGACGAGUAACGGGCGAUCGGCUUUAUUGUUUUAUUUAGGCACAAGCCUUUAAAACAAAAAUUUCACAAAAUUUGCAGACGAUUGUCCAGCUUUCUUUUGGUGCUGGGAUUUUAUGGUAUCAGAAAUUCUCGCAAUGGCUUCACAGCACCGCACACACUUGAUAAAUGACCAUGUUCGUUCCCCGUUCAUCGCAGAACGCAGACGCAAUCUCUUCCCUACAACCGAUCAUGAUCUUGACAUGGACUCCGGACUGGGUCAUAUGAGUCCCAUACGAUUUGAGAGCGAUUCUGAUUCUGAAUCCAGAGCGCUCACUGGCAGCGAGACCCCUAUGAGUGAUAGAACUAAUUGGUCUGAGUAUAUGUCACCUUUAAAACUCAGCCCUUUUACUGAAACAAAUUUAAAUUAUACUCCAAGAAAGUAUUCUCCUACUAGAGAUCUUAAAACACCUCAUGACACUUCUACGAAAUCAGUGUUGCAAAAAGAACAAAAGGUUUUGUUAGAAGAAUCAAAAAAUCUUAAGAGGAAAUAUUGUCCGAUAUCUCCUGACGGUGACAAAAAACUUGUACCUGCAGCCAAGAACUCUAAAGUUAGAACUGCAUUGUUUCAGCCAGCAAGUUCCGUAGAUAUUUCUGUGCCUCCUAAAAGCUUUUAUUCGAAGAAUCAAGAGGAUAUUUUAGAAAAAAUUAUUCGUCCUAAAGCAAAGUCAGUAUUUAUACCAUUAAAAGUAAGCGUACACAAAAUUUCAAAUAAAAAUGGAAGAAGAUUGGGUCAAAUCAACAAUGGAGUGAGGCAUAAGAUUAAAAGACCCAAACAGAAAAAAUAUACAGUAGCACAUAAAAAAAUGAUUGAAACUGGCUCCACGCUUAACGAAUAUAUUCAGGACUUGUCCGAGCUAAAAAACAAGCAAAAGGAGCCUGCGAAGCAAACUAUAAAAUCUCCAGAAACAAAUACGAAUAUAGAAAUUGAAGAUAUUAAGGUGGUAAACUAUUUUAAGCAAUUAAAUCAAGUUCUCACUGCCAAAAAUCAAAUUUCUACACCUAUUAAAUCUUUUAACGUGUUCGCAAAAGAUAAAGAAAAUAUUGAAGCAUUGAGUCCAUUAUCUGAAGUAGUUAAAACUAGAAAGUUUUUUAAGAGUACUAGGAACAAGUCUGUUAUAUCUAAACCUAGGACUUUUAAAACUCCUGGUCAGGCAUCCAAAGGGCUUGAUGAGGAACAUAAAGUACUUAUUGAAAAAUGUCAUCUCACAGGAGGUCUAAAUUUCGAUAGAUUUAAUCUUGAUGUUGAUUUUAAGGACGAAGAUAUCUCAGAGCCUCAGGCAAACAUUGAUAAAAUUUUGUCGACUUUGACUGAACCAAGUCCAGUAAAGAACGAUGUGCCAAGCAGUGACAAUGUUAAUUAUGGUCAAGAAAGCUUUACCAAUAGCAACAUAGAAGCAAAAGAACUAAUAUCCAAUUUAAAUGAGUCCAACAUAACAUUACAAGCAUCCAGCUCAAUAUUACAUUCAGAACAUUCGAUCUUGUUACAUGACGAUAAUUUUGGUAACUCAACGGAAUUGACUACAUUAGUUCUAUCUCCAAUAUCUCACAUGUGUGAUGUAACAUCCGGUCUGGCACUAAGCAGUCCCGUGGACAAACGGAGAGGCUUGGCCGCCAUGCUGAAUGUGUCCUCCAGGGUGUCAAAAAUGUUGAGUUUUAACAGUGAUUGUCAUUCUGUAGAUAUGGAGGAGAAGCGAAAGAAAUUGUUUCCGAUUUUCUAUAAAGGGACAAGCUCGGGCAUUGAAACGAAUAGGCAAGAAAGGGGAGGGAAGCGUGAAAGAAGCGGAGAUAUUGUUAAAAGGAGUGCUAAGAAGUUUAAAGGUUUAGAUCCUGAUCAAAUGCUAUUAGAUGCUGGACAGAAAAAAUUCGGCCUAACUUUGUGUAAUGAGUGCAAGACGAUGUACCAUAUGGGUGACCCUAACGAUGAGACACAACAUUUAAAUUACCAUAAUGCUCACAAUGUACUGAAGUUUUCUGGUUGGAAGAAUGAGCAUGUAGUGGCUAAUUUUCAGAGUCAAGAUCGCAUCAUUCGCGUUAUGCCGACAGAUUCCAAAAUUUGGAUAAAGAAAGUUAAAGAUCUUAUGCAGGUAGUUUUAAGAGACAUGGGAUGCUAUGAUAUGGAAUAUGAUCUUAAUAAUAGCCAGGUUUAUCUUUACAUUAAAAGCCGAACUAUUGCUGGAUGUGUUGUUGCGACAUCACCAAAAGAAGGUGGCCAUCGCAUGCUUCCAACUAUCGGUGGAAUUUCUAUGUGUUCUGAAGAAUCGUAUCCAAUAAAGUGCGGGCUGACUUUUAUGUGGGUUGCACAGAACUUCAGGAGGCAAGGCAUAGCUAGUGCCCUUGUGACUGCAGUAAAAAACAACUUCGUUUUUGGCCAUAUUUUAUCGAAUGAUGACGUGGCUUUAACUUCACCAACUGAAGACGGAGCUGCGUUUGCCGAAAAAUAUUUUAACUCUGCAAAUUAUUUGGUUUAUUAUGUGUAAGGCAGAAUCAGUAUUAUAUCCUAGCCAUAUUUUUUACAGUAUAGUUUCGUUUAAUUUUUUCUUUAGUUUUAUUUUUUAGUGUCAGUUUGCCAUAUAUUUUUUUUUUAAUAUCAAUGAGAGUACAAUUUAAUUUUAGUAUGUUCUGUAAUACUUUUGAAGUUUUAUAUUUUUGUUUGAUAUGUAAAUAAAAUUUGUAAAAUAUGA